AUGCAUCUCCUGGCACCCUUCAUCUUCUGCCUGGUCCUCUGGGCAGGGCCCAGCACUGCUGUCAUCCCAGCUGGAACUGAUGGGUACUGCCUUGUCCCAGUGGAGGAGGAGAAUCCAUCCUUCUGGAACAAGCAGGCGGCUGCAGCUAUCGAGGCCUCCUUCAAUCUCCAGCCCAGGAUAGGCCAAGCCAAAAACCUCAUCCUCUUCCUUGGGGACGGAUUUGGGCUACCCAGCAUCACGGCCACUCGCAUCCUGAAGGGGCAGGAGCAGGGGAAGCUGGGCCCUGAGACUCCCCUUGCCCUGGAUGCUUUCCCCUAUGUGGCUCUCUCCAAGACGUACAACGUGGACCGGCAGGUGCCCGACAGCGCGGGGACAGCCACAGCCUACCUCUGCGGGGUGAAGGGCAACUACCAGACGGUAGGACUGAGCGCUGCUGCCCGCUACGGGCAGUGCAACACCACGGCAGGCAACGAGGUGAUCUCGGUGCUGGAGCGAGCUCACAAAGCCGGGAAGGCAGUGGGCAUCGUGACGACGACGCGGGUGCAGCACGCAUCACCCUCGGGGACCUACGCCCAUGUGGUGAACCGCAACUGGUACGGAGAUGCUAACAUGCCUCAGGAGGCCCGGGACGAGGGCUGCAAGGACAUCGCCUGGCAGCUGGUCAACAAUGUCCCCAUCAACGUGAUCCUGGGAGGUGGUCGAAAAUACAUGACCCCUGUGGGGACACCAGACCCCGAGUACCCCAACUACCCAUCUGAGAAUGGGACACGUGAGGAUGGGCUUAACCUCAUCAACAAGUGGCUGGAGGGCCGGGAGCAUGCUCGCUAUGUCUGGAACAAGACAGAGAUGCUGGCUGCUGCUGCGGACCCCGACGUGCAAUAUUUGAUGGGGCUCUUUGAGCCUGGGGACAUGAAGUACGUGCUGGAGAGUAAUUCUACCCUGGACCCGUCGCUUACUGAGAUGACAGAGGCAGCCAUCACCAUCCUGAGCAGGAACCCCAACGGCUUCUAUCUCUUUGUGGAAGGUGGUAGAAUUGACCAUGGCCACCACAGCGGUGAAGCCCACAAGGCACUGAAGGAGGCGGUGGAGUUUGACUGGGCCAUUGACCGGGCAGGGGCCCUGACGGACGAGGCAGAGACCCUCACUGUCAUCACCGCCGACCACUCGCACGUCUUCUCCUUUGGUGGCUACACCCUGCGUGGCUCCUCUAUCUUCGGCCUGGCCCCCAGCAGAGCCGCUGACCAGAAGAGUUACACGUCCAUCCUCUACGGGAACGGGCCGGGCUACCCGGGUGCCACGCGGCCCGACGUGAAUGAGAGCACAGCUGCCAUGUACAGCUACAAGCAGCAGGCAGCUGUGCCGCUCGACUCUGAAACCCACGGCGGUGAGGACGUUGCCAUCCUGGCCAAGGGCCCUAUGGCCCAUCUUUUCCAUGGCGUGCAGGAGCAAACCUACGUGGCACACGUCAUGGCCUACGCCGCCUGCCUCGAGCCCUACACCGCCUGCCGCCAGCGCGACUCUGCCCCUGGCAUUCGUGCAGCCCCUCUGGCCCUGCUGCUGCCCACCCUUCUCCUGCCUCUCUUCAACUGACUCCACGGCUCAAGGUCAUCCCACAGGCACUGCUGGACCCUCAUUGCCCUCCUCCCCGUGGCUGUGGCACCCACAGGUGGAUGGUGGCAUUUUGGAGCAUCCUUGGUCUGGGCCACCAAAUCCUGAGUAUGAGUGGGCUCUGUGCCACCUACAUGGGGUGCUCAAUGUUUAAUAGAGUGUGAGGCUGAUGGGACAGGUGUGUAAGCAGGGUGUAGGUACCUGUGCUGUGCAGGCAAGGCUGGGGGUGCUGCCCACUGCUGCCCAUCCCACGGCCCCUUGCACCUGCCUGGCAUGUCCAGUGCUUUAUUGACCAGAAAC